CUCCUUUUCCUUCUGCAUUUAAAAGCUCUGCUUUCCCAUUCCUCUUACUUCAUGAUCGCAUUAAAGAUGGACAUCAAUGCCAACAUCGACUUCUCUAAUUCCCCAAACCCCACUCCACUUCUCAAUCCCCAAAACCAAACCCAGAACCGAAACCCCCGUCUUCGAAUCGCCGACGUUCUCCUCAACAACGACGACGACGACGACGACGAGUGCGAACGUUACAAACCCCUACUGUCUUUCCUAAUGAACGGCGAUGGGAAUCUCCGGAGACAUCGGUCCUCCGACAAGUACAAUCAUUGCUCCUCGCCGCGGCGGAUCAUUGCUCGGUGUUUGUCGGCGCUGAGGCCGGCCAGGGAGAGGAAGCUAUUGUUUGGGACCGGGAAAAGAGGGGAACGGGUGAGUGAACUUGGCGCCGAGUGCGUGCCCGCCAUGAGUUCGAUGAAUGUUCAGAAUGGUGGCGAAUUGCCUGUUUCGGCUCCAGAGAGCGAAGAUUCAGGACGAUGUAGACGAGACGCCUCUUUCAACUUGGGGAUUGCUUGUGGUUUAUUGUAUCUAAUUGGUGAAAGUAAAAAUGAAAUGACUAAGAUGGUGGAAGUGCGGAAACAAAUGGAGAUGCUUCUUCAUGAUAUUAGAGAUGAAUUGCAAAAGAAUAAUUCAAACGGUAAGCUAACUGAUAAUUUUGCUUACUCUGCCAACAAUUUCAGAGAGAGUUCCAACUUCAACACCCAGCUUUCACCUCAUGCGAAUUUUACUGGGACAACGUCAUAUGUGGUACCAGAGUCGGAAACCAUCUUGAAAUGUGAUGAUUCCACUAAACAUAUUAUGCACGAACAGCGUUUAGGAGAAAUGGAUGAACUUGAGGCAGAACUUGCAGCUGAGUUUGAACGUUUGCAGCUCAGCUUGGAUACAGAACAGGCUCAGCACCAAUGUUCAAAGCAUGUUAUGGACACUGCUUCUUCAGUAAGCCAGAGCCCGAGUUAUGGGGAGGUAAUUGACCCUCAAGGGUUAUGUACUGAGGAACUGGAAAGUGGAGUUCGUCCUAUUGAAUUGGAGAGAAAGUUGUAUGAACUUCUGGAAAUGAGACAAGAAGAAAGGAUAAAGGAGCUUGAAGAAGCUUUAGAAUGUGCUAAUCACAAACUAAAUGAGAAGGAAUUAGAAGUUUCUUGGUGGAAAGACACUGCACGGCUCAUAUCGCAGCAUGUUCCAGAACGCGGAAGGAUUAUCUCCCGGCAUGAUCCUAAACUUUUCCCUCAUUGAGGUGAGACAUCAUCUUUGUAGAGCAGUAUUUUGAGAGUGGUUUUGUUUAAGUCACUUUAGCUUGUAUCUGUAUUCUGUAAUUAGAGUGUGAUGAUGUGUUGUUUACCUCCUGGAGCUUGGUUGAUUCUUUUAUCAGUGUGGGAUUUUUUCCUUUUAUAUAGACAGAUAGUUUGCAAAAGGGAAGUGGGAUUCUUUCCUUUUAUAUAACUUGAGAUGAUAAUAAACAAUGAAUUCUGACAUUGUGUAUA